CGGGAAUAUGACGUGAAACAUAGCAAGAAGCUGCUUAGCAGAAAUUGUCAAGUAAAGACUAGGUAAGACUUGUUUCUGAAUGAUUCAAUACAUUUACAAUUUAAAAUAGCAUGCAUUCAAUCAUGAUCGUGAUUUGUUACAGACAUUUCCCAUCGAAUUUAACGAUUUCUAUUUAAUGAUACUUACAAUGAUUUUUUUCUGGGUUAUGAAUACAUAUGUUGCUCCUUGCAUCUAAUUGUAAGUCUCAUAUACUAUAUCUUUCUGUUCAUUUAAUUAUGAUUACUUAAAUUAAUAGGAGUAAAAAUAAAUCUAAUAAGUUGAUAAGUGAAUUGAAUGUUUAUAUUAAUGUUAAAUCAAAAGAGCGUAUCUGCAAAUUUAAUUGCUUAAAUCAAGCUGUUAAUGCCAAAUAGCAUUAUAUAAUAAUAAAAAUAAUUUAUCUAUGUGUAUUUUAUAAGAAAACUAUAUUGAAAUUGAAAAUAUAAUAGCUUAUGUUUCAGAUGUAUAUGAAAUCGAUUAUUAAAUACUGAAAGCCUUUUUUCUAAAGUCGUUUGUCAAACCACCUUUUAACCAGAUACGUGUAUUUGAAUUAACAUGGCAGUAUAUAGUCCGGAAUGCAUUAAAAUUGGAAAACAUUAAAAUAUAAUAAGUUUCACGCGAAGUCACAAAUAAAAUACAGAAUAGACAUCUUCUGGAAGUUCAUGUCACACGUUCUGAAAUAUUAACAUAGUAAAAAGAUUGUUUUUUUAGUAUAUAAGGUAUACCUUGUUUGUGACAUAUAAUGUUAAUUUAUGUAUAUUAUAGUCAAAAAUUAAGUUGGUUGUUUCUUAAGAAUAGUCGUGCAAAUGAGGAAAUGUUCAAUACAAUAAAUAAUUUUCGGUAUAGAUGUAACAAUAUUAUUCAUAUUUUGAUUUUAAUUCCUUUUACUAAUCUAACCUCUCUAAAUCGAUAUAGUAGAAUGUGACAUGAAAAGAGUAAGGAUGUCAGGUGAUGCUACCGACAAGGUAUAUGAAUAGACAUAAAAAAACAUUGGAUGUUCGGUCUUUUUUAGUUAGUCAAUGAUUCGAUCUAUCUUAAUUAAUUAAUGAUUUUACGGGUUAAUGGUUUUAAUGAGACUAAUCGACUCGGUACAGUAGAAAACUACUAUCGGGUUUCUGCUUAUCAAAUCAAUCAAAUUGAAACACGAUGGCGCCACUUGAAUCUCGCCUUCUAUGUAUAGUAAUCGAAAUUGUGCAAUUUGAAUUUCGCGAAAGUCAUAUCCGAACAUGGUGCACUAACAAUAAUUCUCUGUUGUAAUUUCCUUCGUUUCGUGAGAUUCAGUUGAAAGUGUAAAAGUACAUAGUGACAUUUAAAGACUAUUUAAAGAUGUUUCAUUCUUUAAGAUUGCAGAUAAUUCAUUUAUUCACUAUUUUUUGCAGAGAGGUUAUGCCAGGAAUAUAAGAUUGACACACGCGAGCUGAAACGAAAUGAAAAUCUGAUGGUUCGAGGUUCUGGUAAGUCUCCUUUGCAUGCAUGAGAAUGCUUAUCAUACGAGGAAAAAUGAAUAUAAACUCUUUUUUCACGUUUUCGUUUCCCCUUUAUCUGGUUCUCAAUAAUGUUUUCUUUUGUUCUCGACUGUAUAAUCCACCCAUUCUUGCUUUUCAAAUCGUGAUACUCUUUGAUUAUUCCGUUCUAGGUUUACAUCCUAGAUUAAUAUUGUGUAAAGGUCAUAUCGAGUUAAAUCAGGUUCUU